AUGCCUCUUGUUUUAUCCGGUGCUGCCGUGUCUCAAGUACACGAUCACUGCUUGAAUGCGGGUGUUCCCGGGGUGGUUCACUGGGAGCUUACUCGUCCAGAUGGCUUUUUUGGUUGUGGUUGGGGCCACUUGAAAGAAAUGUCCCCGCAAGAUGCCCGAAGAUCUUCCUCCUCGGCCUCUCCUGGAGAAUACGACAGUGUAUCGUCAGGCAACACUCAUUACUUCGGAGGUCCGCCGUUGUGUAAAGGAGCAAAAUGUGCCUCGGAAAAGGAAAAUCGCUGCGAUGGCUCAAAUGCCAUAGAGUUGUCGCUUUUGCACAGUGGCCUGCUUGACGACCUGCUUGAUGAAACCUCCUCUGAACAGCCCCUGCAUGCGGCCACGAUGGAUACCGUUGCUGAUGCUGUCACGCACCCCUCUGGGCUCCCCCAGAUACCCGCCGCCCCACUUACAACUCUCUGUGGACUCUUCAGCAGCGAUAGGACGUGGAUAAAUGAAUGCCCGCCCAGCGCUGCGCGGAAAACGCCCGUGCCCACGUUGAAGAACAGUGUUGGUUCUCACUUGUCACCCCCGUUGGUGGCCCCCGUGGGGGGGCUUACUGCCUCUUGCAACACCGAAGCUUCUCUUGCUGACUGGACGAGGAUGACGAUGAGGGCGCUCUCUCACCCCUUGGCGGGAACGACACAGGGUGAAGGCCCGCGUUCAUCUUUGCCAAGGCGUGCCCCUCCUUGCUGCCGGCCACGACAUUCCAUCACGCAGCUUAUGGCGCAGCUAACAAGAGACACGAACGACACUUCUGCAGCAACUUCUGACACCCAUUUGACGGCGACGGUAAAGCGACCGGAAGUAAAAGCAAUCCCGCUUGAUUGGCAUUCCGUGGAAGGAAAAGGGACCGAUCCUCUGGUGCCACAGCUGGCGAACGGCAGAGCAUUGAACCGAGGGGACGGUUCAAGUGGCACUCGUUCAACUGCAUCAUUUCGUGACAGUGGUCGGCGGCCGUGUUGCAGGCCGCCACUUGCUGUUGGCUGUUCACCUCUUUCCUCGCCCCGAGAAGGCGGGCCUGGGGAAGCGAGUGUUCUGGCAGAGAGGGACCAUGAUGGGGGCCCCACUGCCGCCGCAGCUUGGCUGAAAAGCGCUGUGAUGGAUUCACCGCGAAGGCGACACAGGAGCGAUUGCCAGUCCAGCUAUCAUCAUCAUGUAUCCCAGGGUCCCCCACAUGAAUUGAAUUUGAAUCGAGACACUUUGAGUGAUUUGCACCGCAACUCGUCUCAGGUCUGUUCUUUGAGGGAUAUGAUGAAUGAUGUACGUUUCAGCGCAAUAAAGUCGGCGCAAGAAUGGCCUCCUCGAACAGGCGAUGAUGUGUCGAGGUUGUUAAAGCGGCUUUACGCAGAGGAGCUCCUGCGACAUCUUACUGUCGUGAGCUUCUCCCGGAAAGACCCAGAAGGCGUAUUGCAGUUAUUUGAGUCGUGGAAGCGGAAACGCAUCUUCCCACCGGAUGCCCAGUUUGGAGUUUACUACUGGUAUACGAUGAAACGGAAAAACGAGAGGCUGUGUCUCAAGCACAACGGCUCUGGACCUUCGGCCGAGCCAAGACGAGGAUGUGACUAUGCAUUGAGGGGGGCUCACCGCAAGUGCCGCUACCCUCAUAAAUGUCUGUUUUGUGGGGCAGGGGAUCAUGGAUGGGUUGAAGAGGAACGCUGCAACCGGUAUUUAAGUCUACAGGGAGAGAUGAAGCGGCUAGGUGUGACAAAUGACGUUGCAUUGAUUCUCCUAGACGCACUUGAAUGUGGGGAGUAG